ACAAAUUGACAGGGAAAAGGGGAAUUUAUUUGUGACUGUAAAUUUAUUGGUAUUCAAUUUCAAUAAACCAUAAUUUGAUUAUUUAUAGUGUUAAAGUGUUUACCUCAUUAAAACCUUGAAAUAAAAGAUAAAAGAAAUUCAAUUCUAAACGUUAUUAAAUUUAGUUCCAGCUUAUGACUGUGUAGAGUGAAAUAAAGUGUACUUAUGCAAAUUCGUACCUACUACAUAUUUGUGACGGAAUAAAAGAAUAUCUAAUCAACAGUUAUUAUAAUAUUAACAAAAUCAGGGUUAAAAGUCAUCGCUUGGUAAAUUUAAAUUUUGUUAGUGCUACGUGAGAAAUUCCCUAGAUACCAUGGCCGAUAAUAAUCCCUUUAAGAAAUAUUUGAAAACACUCAAUGUAGAUGGCAAACUAUACAGUUACUAUGACAUCGCUGCAUUGGAUUCAAAUUAUGAACGUUUACCUUAUUCAAUCAGAAUACUUUUGGAGUCGGCCGUAAGAAAUUGUGAUAAUUUUUCGAUAAAAGCAGAAGAUGUAACGAAUAUUUUGAAUUGGGAGAAAAAUCAGGCUGUCGAAGGUGGUAUCGAAAUCCCUUUCAAGCCUGCUAGAGUUAUAUUGCAAGAUUUUACCGGAGUACCAGCCGUGGUGGAUUUUGCUGCUAUGAGAGAUGCCGUUAAAAGGUUGGGUGGUAACCCACAAAUGAUUAAUCCAGUUUGUCCAGCCGAUUUGGUUAUCGAUCACUCUAUCCAAGUCGAUUUUGUUCGAGCUGAAGAUGCUCUACAGAAAAAUCAGGAUUUGGAAUUCGAACGUAACAAAGAAAGAUUUAAAUUCUUAAAGUGGGGAGCAAAAGCUUUCGACAAUAUGCUUAUUGUUCCACCAGGAAGUGGAAUUGUCCAUCAAGUUAAUUUGGAAUAUCUAGCUAGGGUCGUUUUCAACGACAAGAACACUGCUCUUUUAUAUCCAGACACCGUGGUUGGUACCGAUUCCCAUACAACAAUGAUCAACGGUCUUGGUGUUUUGGGUUGGGGUGUAGGAGGUAUCGAAGCAGAAGCGGUGAUGUUGGGCCAGUCGAUCAGCAUGUUGUUACCGCAAGUUGUUGGUUACAAAUUGUAUGGCGAAUUGAACGAAUACGUCACAUCCACUGAUUUAGUACUUACUAUUACUAAGAAUUUACGUCAACUUGGGGUGGUUGGAAAAUUUGUUGAAUUCUAUGGACCAGGAGUGGCUGCUUUGUCUGUAGCCGAUAGAGCAACUAUCGCCAACAUGUGUCCCGAGUACGGAGCUACUGUCGGACAUUUCCCUGUCGACGAAAUAUCUUUGACUUACUUAAGACAAACGAAUCGGCCUGAAGAUCAAAUUAAAAUCAUCGAAGCGUACCUGAGAGCAACAAAACAACUAAGAAAUUAUUCUUCCGAACUACCCGAACCGAUUUUCAGUCAUAACGUAGGAUUAGAUUUGUCUACUGUCGUGUCUUCGGUUAGUGGACCAAAACGACCAAACGAUAGAGUUUCUGUUACGGAUAUGAAACAAGAUUUCAUGAACUGCUUGACGAACAAGGUUGGCUUCAAAGGUUUCGCAAUCCCACCAGCUAAACUAACAACAAGCGCUAAAUUCAUAUACGACGGUUCUGAAUAUCAAAUAGGCCACGGUAGCGUCGUCAUUGCUGCCAUCACUUCUUGUACCAAUACCAGCAAUCCGAGCGUUAUGCUUGGAGCUGGUCUAUUGGCCAAAAACGCAGUUGCUGCAGGACUUAAAGUAGCUCCUUAUAUAAAGACGAGUCUGUCACCGGGAUCCGGUGUUGUUACUUACUAUUUGAAAGAAUCUGGCGUGAUUUCUCCCUUAGAAAAACUUGGAUUCAACAUCGUAGGUUACGGUUGUAUGACGUGUAUCGGAAACAGCGGCGGCAUAGACGAAAACAUAGUCAACGCCAUCGAAGAAAACGAUCUGGUAUGUUGCGGUGUCCUAUCGGGUAACCGUAACUUCGAAGGUCGUAUCCAUCCCCACACCAGAGCCAACUACUUAUGCAGUCCACUCUUGGUUAUCGCUUACGCCAUUGCCGGUAGGGUAGAUGUUGACUUUGAAACCGAGCCCUUGGGACAAAGAUCGGACGGCAGUAAUGUAUUUUUGAGGGACAUUUGGCCUACCAGAAAGCAAAUUCACGCCGUGGAACAGAAAAAUGUAAUUCCUGCGAUGUUCAAAGAGGUUUACGCCAAAAUUCAACUAGGAUCAACAAACUGGCAAGAGUUAGAAGCUCCUCUGGGCGAGUUGUAUCCAUGGUCGAGUGCUUCUACGUACAUUAAAAAGCCACCAUUCUUCGAUGUUAUGACUAGGGAGCUGCCGUCCAAGAAACAAUUGGAGAACGCUAAGGUUUUAUUAUUUUUGGGAGAUUCAGUAACUACAGACCACAUCAGUCCUGCUGGAUCGAUUGGAAGAACAAGUCCAGCCGCAAGGUAUUUGGGACAACGUGGAUUAACCCCCAAGGAAUUCAACUCGUACGGAUCUAGAAGAGGUAAUGAUGAUGUCAUGGCGAGAGGUACAUUCGCAAAUAUCAGAUUGGUGAACAAAUUCAUGAGCAAAGCUGGCCCGAAAACUAUUUAUUUACCGACCAACGAAGAAAUGGAUAUAUUCGAUGCAGCUGAAAGGUACGGCAAGAAUGAAAUUCCCCUUAUAAUCAUUGCUGGCAAUGAUUAUGGUUCUGGAUCAAGUAGAGAUUGGGCGGCCAAAGGUCCAUUUUUAUUGGGUAUCAAAGCAGUCAUCGCUCAAUCCUUCGAAAGAAUCCACCGUUCGAACCUUGUAGGAAUGGGCAUCGUCCCGCUACAAUUCCUACCGGGUCAAAACGCUGAAUUCUUGGGACUCACUGGCAAAGAAAACUACACCAUCCAUCUACCGUCAGAUCUUAAACCCGGACAACACGUUCAAGUGUCCACUAACGCGGGCACAAACUUCGAAGUGAUAUUGAGGUUCGAUACCGAGGUGGAUCUACUGUUCUACCAGCAUGGCGGUAUAUUGAAUUACAUGAUUAGAAAAAUGGUUAAUUAAUUCGGUUGUUAUAAUUUUUUUUUAUAUAUAUAAUAUAUAAUAAUUUUACAGCAAUAUUUUACGGUAACUGAAAGAAAAGAUGGGUAUGAGGAUAGUUAUUAUUAAAUUUAUAUUGCAAUAAAGAAAGUGAUUUUAAGGUAUA